AUGAAGUCCAUUAACGAAGGACACGAGAGAGUAUCCUUGGUGGUAUACCCCGAAGGGACAACGUCCAGAGGAAAUAUUUUGCUGCCCUUCAAGCAUGGCGCCUUCGGUGCGAUGGUCCCACUGCAGCCGCUGCUUAUGGUGCUAGAGUACAGCUACAUUAACGCCUCAUUCGACGCUUUCCCGUGGAAGUGGUGGGCGGUGCUCAGCUGCUGCUCGCCAGCGAGCUUGCGCCUCAUCGCAUACUGGCUACCAGCCAUCCAACCGCCAGCCGCGGAGGAUACUGCGUCGAAGGGAGAACACGAGCGCGUCCGAGAGUACACCGCAAUUUCCAACCAUGUCAUGCGUGAGGCUAUCAUCAAAUUGAAUCCAAAUGUAGAUAUGGGGCACUUGCAGAAGCCUCACGUUGUUGUCCUGCCUGCUUGGCGCAACAAACUUUUGGCUCGUUUGUACGGGCCGGCAAUGCAGCGUUACUACAAGAUAUCUGACGAAGAGAUGCGCAAAACCGAAGAAGUGGUUUUCCACUAA